GUGCUUGCCGUAGUUUCCGCUGCAGCUGUGUGUCAGCGCUAAAUAAAGACAGUAAUCGGGAGAAUAAAGCGCUGUUGUGCGCUCGCGCUUCAAUCCCGCAAAUUCACAAAGCCGCAGACUCGAACAUGCGCGUGAGUAAAGAGGAUCAGCACAGUGUCAGUGUGACCUGAGUGUGUGUGUGUGUGUGUGUGUGUGUGUGUGUGUGUAGAAGCUGACAGGCCGUUGCGGGAACAUUAACACUGAGUCCGGGAACAUCAGGAACAUCUCCAGGUUCCUCUGAGUGAGAGGUCAGAACCUUCAUCCCUCCUCAUCGCGUGUGUGUGUGUGUGUGCGUGCGCGCUCUUUAGUCAGGUGUGGUCAUGGCAGCGUGCGGCUCGGACUCCGUGCAUUACAUCCGUCUGCAGAAUGCGAGUGAGUGUGUGUUAGAGUCUCUGCGUUCUCAGCGACGUGACGGUGUGUUUUGCGACGUGACUGUGCGGAUCCAGGACGCGUCUCUGCGUGCUCACGCCUGCGUGCUGGCGGCCGGUAGUCCGUUUUUCCAGGACAAACUGCUGCUGGGCCACUCGGAGAUCAGCGUUCCGCCCCUGGUGCCGGCCGACGCCGUGCUGCAGCUGGUGGACUUCCUGUACAGCGGCUCUAUGGUGCUGCUGCGCUCUCAGGCCCUGCGCAUGCUCACCGCCGCCAGCAUCCUGCAGAUCAAGAGCGUCAUCGACGAGUGCACGCAAAUCAUCUCUGCCUCUGCCAACCAAAAACGGGCCGCAGCAGCAGCAGCCGCCGCAGCCGCCGCCAAGAGCCGGAGCACGGAGGAGGGUGGGGCCGUGGGAGGAGCCAUGCCUGGGUUUGGAUACACCAUGGAGGAGUGUGGAGAAGUCACAUCAGAAAGCACCGAGCAGUCAAGCGCACACUUUAUCUCACAUCAAGCAGGACUGCAGACAGGGGCAGGGCAGGGGGAGGCAGCCUCUCUGGAAGCGGGUGGAGUGGGCAGGAUGAUGCCCCCCCUCAGUGAUUUGAUGUGCAGGGGGGAUGGGCUCGGUGCAUCAGGGGGCGGAGCCUCUCUGAAGCCAGUGAGCUGUCCUCAGGAGAUCCAGAGUUACAUGCUGAACCAGAAUGCUGAGAGAAGCAACGUGCAGAACCAGAAUCCGAACAGGCCUGAGACAGGACACACCCCCAUCAACAACCCUGGACCAAUGGGGAGAGACGCUCUACGGGGCAGUGGGGGAGGGUUUGUGGGUGUGGCUGAGGAGCUGCCUGUGGGGAUGGAGAGGUUUAGUGAGGGGGAGGAGCUGGAGGACAGAGGGAGGGAUGGAGAGAGAGAGAGGGGGGCGGGACAUAGUCGCAAACAGAGACAACCGCUACGAUUACAGGUGAUCGGGCCAGAGCAGGUGGUGGUGAAAGACGAAGAGAACCUACAGGAAGGAGAAAACCUUUUCCAACUGGACGAGAGACAGGACACAACACACACACAAUCACACACACAAACCUACAGCCAGGCAGGGUUUUAUGAAGACCAGAAUGUGUAUGCUGGAGGUUUUUGGCCACAAACUGACACGUCUCAGGCUUUAGUGUCAAACCCUCGUUCCCGUGUCAGCAAACCCCUGUCCCCGCCCACUUCCUCUCACAUCAACAAUCAGAUGCUCUUUCAGUAUCCUGUCGGCGAAUCUCAGCCGUCCUCCUUCUUUGUGGGAGGAGCUAUGACGAUGGACAGCAUGCCGGAGACAUGCCAGCAGGCCCCUCCCCCACCCCCCUUGACCCCGGCCCCGCCCCCUCCGGCCCCACCAUGUGUUGCAGGUCCAAGUUUUACGGCUCAGGGAUCCGAAACAUCGUUUGACUGCAGCCAUUGUGGCAAAUCUCUGCGAUCACGCAAGAACUACAGCAAGCACAUGUUUAUACACUCCGGUCAGAAGCCCCAUCAGUGCAGUAUUUGCUGGCGUUCGUUCUCGCUGCGUGAUUACCUGUUGAAGCACAUGGUGGUGCACACGGGCGUGCGAGCGUUCCAGUGCAGCGUGUGCAGUAAACGCUUUACGCAGAAGAGCUCGCUGAACGUGCACAUGCGCACUCACCGCGUUGAGCGCAACUUCUCCUGCACUGUGUGCAACCGCGCAUUCACACACCGCACCCUGCUUGAGCGCCACGCCCUUCAACACCAGCACCCAGCUCCGCCAAUCAAACCCCCCACCAACCACGGAGCCAUGGGUGGAGCCGGUGGGACCGGACCCACCCCCUAGUGGCCACACCCAGAACUCUGGGUUAAUUACAAUGACUACCAUCAUCGUCAUCAUAAUAAUAAUAAUAAGAGAUACAAAUUUAACAACGAUGAUGAUGAUGACUGACGGUUAGAAUUGACAUUUAUUUAAUGUUUUAAAAAAACUGGGGCGUGUCUUUAAGACCAUAUAAGGACUUAGCUUGCGUCAGCUGACGGGGUUUUGGAGGUGAAUAUAAAAGCGAUACUAAAGUGCUGUGGCAUGCUAAUGAGCUACCUUAAGAUAAAUUGAUAUAAUCUUUGAUAUUACUUUAAGAUAAUUUUUAUUGUAAUUGUAGUUCAUACAAGCUAAUCUGCGCUUUCUAAUAAUAAUUUUAACUGAUAUUAACAAAUAUUAAUAGAUUUCUGAACCAAUGUUAGCUAAAAGUUAGCUAGCAAACAGCACAAACCUAACAGGAUUCAUGAGCAGGGAAUUAAAUGCUUUUAUAAACUAAAUUAAUAUUACCCUUUAGCUAAGCUAACCUGCAGACUUUGUGUUUAAUGUAAAAAAAAAAAAAAAGAAAAUAUUAAAGAUUGUGACAUUUAGCGUGUGCUAGCUGAAAUGAGCUAACUUCAUCAGUACCCAUUUUACCUCAGUGCUAGCUCGUCAGUCAGGUUAGCGUAAACGCUGAGAGUACUCACCGAAAUUGUCGCUAGCUGGUGAAGCGCCAAGCAGCGAGUGAAC